AUGUUCAAGAAAGAUCUCUCCCCAGGAUCGAAAUCCAAAGUCAAAUCUUCAGUCCAGAGAGCAAUUCGCACACAGCUUGUACAGACAUAUCCUUUAUUGGCACCGCAUAUCGAUGAGAUUGUUCCAAAGAAAGAGCAGCUGGAUGCUAUGAAAAUGUACAUUCCUCCCGCCACUCCAAGUUCCCCUGGAUCUUGGGAAUCAACACUCGCGAUUCUUGAGCAAUACAGUAUCUCAUACAGGAUCUGGGAUCAUUGGCUAAUGAAUUCUCUGAAUAGUCCAGAUAGAGUAACACUCUAUCUCAUCGGCAGCACACCCCUCUUCUACCAACACAUGACCGACGCCCUCCUGCCACAUCUCAAGCUCGUGCACCGUUUCCCAACCUGCUUCCCUUCGAUACGCAUCGACCGCGGAGCAAUUCGCUUCGUACUCUCAGGAGCCACACUCAUGGCACCGGGACUGACAUCUACGGGUGGGAGAUUACCGAAUGGCAAUGCGGAAGAGACAGGCGCGUAUGGUGAGACGGAGGGCCCAAAUAGAGGAUGGUAUGGUGGGCGGGAGUUGGAGAAGGGAGAGCCUGUUGUGAUAUGUGCGGAGGGGAAGGAAGAGGCAUGUGCGGUUGGCUUGUUGAGUAUGGGGACGAAGGAGGUUAAGGAGAAGGGAAAGGGUCCAGUGGUAGAAGAGGGACAUUAUUUGGGAGAUGGGCUGUGGAGGCUGGGGACGGAUUAG